CAGUCAGGCUCUCCGAGGCAGGGGGAUCCUGCUGGCCGCCUUGUGCUCGCGCCCGGGUCUGCGCGUCUGCUUUCCAGCUCAUGCCCUUUGGAGCCGCGCGCCCCGGGACUGCGGCAGCGCACACAGAGUGCUCGGUUGGCUGCGGGGCAGCGGAAGACGGCGGCGGCCAGAGUGAGCUGGAGGCAUGGGCCAGGCGGCCUGGAAGGGGUUCGUGCUGUCUCUGUUCGACUACAAGACAGCAAAGUUCGUGGUCGCCAAGAGCAAGAAGGUGGGGCUGCUCUACCGGGUGUUACAGCUCACCAUCCUGUUGUACUUGCUCAUAUGGGUGUUUCUGAUAAAGAAGAGUUAUCAGGACAUUGACACUUCCCUGCAGAGUGCUGUGGUCACCAAAGUCAAGGGGGUGGCCUAUACCAACACCACGAUGCUUGGGGAACGGCUUUGGGAUGUAGCCGACUUUGUCAUUCCCUCUCAGGGGGAGAACGUUUUCUUCGUGGUCACCAACCUGAUUGUGACUCCUAACCAGCGGCAGGGCAUCUGUGCUGAGCGUGAGGGCAUCCCUGAUGGCGAGUGUUCUGAGGACACUGACUGUCAUGCUGGGGAGUCUGUCGUAGCUGGACACGGACUGAAAACUGGUCGUUGUCUACGGGUGGGGAACUCUACCCGGGGCACCUGUGAGAUCUUUGCUUGGUGCCCAGUGGAGACAAAGUCCAUGCCAACGGAUCCCCUCCUGAAGGAUGCCGAAGGCUUCACCAUUUUCAUAAAGAACUUCAUUCGCUUCCCCAAGUUCAACUUCUCCAAAGCCAAUGUGCUAGAAACAGACAACAAAGAUUUCCUGAAAACCUGUCACUUCAGCUCCACGAAUCUCUACUGUCCCAUUUUCCGACUAGGGUCCAUUGUCCGCUGGGCAGGGGCUGACUUCCAAGACAUAGCCCUGAAGGGUGGUGUGAUAGGAAUCCAUAUCGAAUGGGACUGUGACCUUGAUAAAGCUGCCUCCAACUGCAACCCACACUAUUACUUCAACCGUCUGGACAACAAACACACACAAUCCAUCUCCUCUGGGUACAACUUCAGGUUUGCUAGAUAUUACCGUGACCCUAAUGGGGUGGAGUUCCGUGACCUGAUGAAAGCCUACGGCAUCCGUUUUGAUGUGAUAGUUAAUGGCAAGGCAGGAAAAUUCAGCAUCAUCCCCACAGUCAUCAACAUUGGUUCUGGGCUGGCGCUCAUGGGUGCUGGGGCUUUCUUCUGCGACCUGGUACUUAUCUACCUCAUCAGAAAGAGCGAGUUUUACCGAGACAAGAAGUUUGAGAAAGUGAGGAGUCAGAAGGAGGAAGCCAAUGUUGAGGUUGAGGCCAACGAGAUGGAGCAGGAGCUGCCGGAGGACAAGCCACUGGAGAGCACUUGUCAGGAUGAGCAGUCCCAAGAACUGGACCAGAGCAGCAGGAAGCAGAAUAGCCACUUCCAGGUGCUCUUCGAGCCUGCCAGGUCUGGCCUCCAGGAGAAUGUCGUCAUGAACGUGAAACAGUCACAGGUCUUGCAAACAGUGAAGACGUAGCCAGAGCUCUUGGAAGAGAACAGAUUCAAAGAUGAUUGGGCCAGGACAGGCCACAGCUCUCAACUGGGGAGAGGCAUCUCUGUGGUGCCUGCUCAGGAUGAAGCUUCUGAGAACAAGCCUCACAGCUCCACCCAGCUUGGGUGGGAUCCUGCUGCAAGCUUUGUUUCAUGGAAGGCCUCCUGGUGGCCAAAGUGGCUCAGGAUGCAGGAAGGAGGCCCUGGGGCAGGCCCUCAGGGAAGGGGCAAGCCUGGGGUUUCAGUGGUUGGUUUUCAUUCCUGACUCUGAGCCCAGCUGGACAUGUGUGUAUUAUUUAUACAGGCAGUACACAUUUAUUGGUGCAUGCUGCACUUUAGUCCUGAGAGACUUAAAGGAGAUGUUGACUUGGCCCUAGGGUAGAGGGCACACAUGUUAACCUUCACCAGAGACACCACAGUCAGCCCAGCCAGCCUCUAGCCAAGACUUUGACAGGUCCCUGCAGAGAAUGAUUACCCAGAAAAAGCUGCUGGAUGACAUCCAGGGGACACUUGACUCCACCCCCAGAUGUAAAAUGUAAAGCUGGCCAAGGAGACACCUGGAAAAAUGCUUAAGGGGAGAGCAAACUCCAGGGGCUCCCAGGUAAGAUUGGGGAGGGAAGGCAAGUAAGCCACUAUCUGAAGCCUAGGGUAGCUCUGGGAAAUUGACUUGCCCAGGUGAGAGAUGGACUUGUGUGGUUCAGCUCUUGCUGUUUGGUGGUGCUGGGGGUCCUGGUCUGACUUCCUUCCUGCUCUCAGAAGCCCAGCUUUGAUGUGCUAAUGAGAUAAAGGAUAAUUUUCACUG